AUGCCUGUUACAGAAAAGUCAUCGCAGGCAGCGCGCUCUGGUGGCUGCUUCCCGGGCGACGCGACGGUGCUGCUCUCUGACGGGCAGCGGCUGCCACUGCGGCGGCUCCGCAUAGGCCAGCGCGUGCAGGCAGUUGACCUGGAGAGUGGCCAGACACUCUUCUCGGAGGUCAUCCUCUUCCUAGACCGCAGCCCUAAUGAGGAGCGACCGUUCUUGCGGCUGUCCCUGGCAUCCGGCAGUGCCCUCCUGGUGACACCAGCUCACCUGCUGCCCGUGGACGGGGGCUCGAGAGGUGUGCAGCAAGUCUUCGCCGGCAGCGUGCGCCCGGGAGACCGUCUCUUUGUGUCAGGCGAGAACGUGACGUCGGUGCACGUGGAGCGGGUGCUGACAGUGUCGGAGGAGAGGCGGCCGGGCGUCUACGCACCGCUGACGCGCCACGGCACCGUCGUCGUGGACGGCGUCGCCGCGUCCUGCUACGCCGUCGUCUCCAGCCACUCGCUGGCCCACUGGUCCUACGCACCCUACCGCUUCGGCUCCGGUGUCCGGGACUUGUUCCGGAAACUGUUCUCGACCGGUCCAGAAGGUGGCGGACCGGAGGCCGCGGGCUCCGAGCGGACGACGCCCGGUUCUGGCGUCCACUGGUACGCCCGUGCUCUGUACGCAAUUGCCAGGUUCGUCCUGCCCUCCGGCAUGCUGUACAAGUGAUGUGAUCGGAGUUCCCUCUGUGAUAAUUUAAUUAGUGACAUUGACUCAUUAGUUGGGGAACUUUCAGCAUACCUGUGCUCAUCCUCAGUGUAUUUUUCCUACUCUGACGAAGAUACUUGCCUUUGACAAAAACUGCGACAAGGUGAAGAGUAAAACAUUUGAGAACUUGU